AUGGAGUUGAUGGCUCAUAAAUUUACAAAUUGGGAUUUUUAUUCCAGUCUUGUUACUGAAGGCAGAAUAUUGAUCAUUUGGAGGAAGAUAUUUGUCAGGCUUAUUAUUAUAGAGGAGACUAAUCAGUAUGUCAACUGUUUUGUUAAAAUGGCUGGUCAGAGACAUGCUUUCAGUGCUACUUUUGUGUAUGGGCUCAAUACAGUGGAGGAACGGAAGAGGUUAAGGCAAAGUUUACCUAGGCUUACUCUCCCUGCAAAGUCUUGGGUUAUCUUGGGUGAUUUUAAUGCCAUAUUUAUUGUUAAGAAUAGAAGUGGUGGUAAACCUAUUUCCAAAUCGGAACUGACGGAUUCUUCUCAAUGGCUUGCUGGGAAUCAAGUGGAUUCGAUUAAAAGUACUGGAUCUUUUUUUACAUGGAAAAAUAAUCAAGAUGGGCCUACUCGUAUAUACUCUAAGAUAGACCAUGUAUUUACUAAUGAGGACUGGCUUGAUUUUUUCCCUAAUUCCACAGCUGUUUUUCGCUGGGAAACUGCCUCUAACCAUUGUUCUUGUAUUGUUUCUGCCACGUCCAUGGAGAAUAUGGGUGUUAAACUGUUUCGGUUCUAUAAUUUUUGGACAGAUCAUCAAGAUUUCAAAGAGGUGGUUCUGAAUAGCUGGAGGAAACCGAUUAAUGGGGCUGGUUUGAAGGCUAUUUACUUGAAGACCAUGAGGCUGAAACAUAGAUUGAAGAGGUUUAAUAGGGACAAUAUUGGAGAUAUAGGAGUGAAAUAUCAAGCGGCAAAGGGAGCAAAUGUACCACAGGUUUUUUGCUCAAAGAAGCAAAAUUACCUGGUUACGGAAGGGAGAUAUGAACACCUCUUAUUUUCAUGCUUGCUUGAAAAAGCAAGUUUUAUGGGUAGUCCCAAUUCAGAUACUACGAAGAUAAACUUACAAUGUGUUGAGUUGGGUACCAAACUCUCGAUUGACCAACAGCUCUCUCUCUUGAAACCAUUCUCUCAUAAGGAAAUCCGAGAUGCAUAUUUUAGCAUUCCCAUCAUCAAAUCCCCGAGUCCUGAUGGGUUUGGUUAUGCUUUUUCAAGGCCUAUUGCUUGUUGUUCUACCAUAUACAAGUGCAUAUCAAAAUUGUUGUGUUCCCGAUUGGCCAUGGUACUUCUUGAUUUAGUUCAACUGAAUCAAGGCGCUUUUGUUCAGGGUAGAUCUAUUGCUCAUAACAUCUUGAUAUUCCAAGAUCUCAUCAAUAAUUAUGGGAGGACAUCUACCUCUCCUAGAUGUGCCAUUAAGAUAGACCUAAGCAAAGCUUAUGACACUGGGUCUCUAUCUGCUGUUAGAGUGCUCAAAGUAGCUCUAGAGGAGUUUAGUUCUGCUACAGGGCUCCAUGUUAAUACUAGCAAAUCUCACUUCUUUUUUGGGGGAGUUAAUGCAGCAGAUAGACAAACCAUAGCUCAUGAGAUUUAG